AUGGAUGAGGCCAGUAUGAAGAAAGAGGACAUAUCUAGUCUGUGCUGGUCUGUAAGAGCAUCAGGAGCUCAAAACAUCUACCAUUUUUUCCACUUUUUAAACAGGCACUACUUUGCACUGGCCACUAAUCCCGGCGAGCAGUUCUUCAUGUUUUGCACACUUGCUGCUUGGCUGAUCACUAAAGCAGGACAUCGCUUUGAACAGCCACAAGAAUAUGAUGAUCCCAAUGCAAUAAUAUCAAAUAUACUCUCGGAAUUGCGAUCGUUUGGAAGGCCUGUGGAUUUUCCUCCCUCAAAAUUAAAGGCAGGUAAUGGAGAGCAAGUGUGCUAUGUACUUGAUUGUUUAGCUGAUGAAGCCUUGAAAUAUACCAGCUUUAGCUGGAAAAGGCCAGUAUAUCCAACAGAAGAGCUAGAAGAAGAAGAAAUAACAGAAGACAAUGAAGAAUUAACACUUAAUAAAUUGGAAGAGGAUGUUGUGGAAGAAGAGUCAGACAAUGAAGAAAAUUUUAUUGACCUGAAUGUUCUAAAGGCACAGACAUACAGAGCAGACGUGAAUGAAGCUGCAAAACACGAAGAGAUUUUACAGUCCACUACAGAUGCAGCAGAAUGGAAUCUGGAAGUGGAACGUGUGCUUCCGCAGCUGAAGGUUGCAGUUAGGACGGACAAUAAGGAUUGGAGGAUUCAUGUAGAUCAAAUGCAUCAGCAUAAGGAUGGAAUUGAAUCUUCUUUAAAAGAAACUAGGGGUUACCUUGACAAACUCCAUAAUGAAAUCAGCAGAACACUGGAAAAGAUCAAUAGCAGAGAAAAGUAUAUCAACAAUCAGUUGGAGCACUUGGUUCAAGAGUACUGUUCAGCACAAGCCUUGCUGAGUGAGGCUAAAGAGAAGUACCAGGAGGGAAGUGGAGGAGUAACUGAAAGGAUCAGAGUGCUUUCUGAGAUUACAGAAGUAUUGGAGAGAGUAAAGCAGGAAACGGAAGAGAAAGGAAGCAGUAUGACUGAUGGCGCUCCUCUAGUGAAGAUUAAACAGGCCUUAACAAAACUGAAGCAAGAAACCGUUCAGAUGGACAUACAGAUUGGUGUAAUGGAGCACACAUUACUCCAGUCAAAGCUGAAAGAGAAGUCCUUGAUGACUAGAGAUAUGCAUGCAACAGUGAUUCCAGAAGCUACAGUAGGUGCCUAUUAAAACUGUUUGGAGCUGACUCUGACUUGGUUUGCCCAAAAUACAGUUUUUUACCAUUUCCUUUUUUGGUAGUUUAGAAGUUUCCUUUUUGUUGGGUCAUGUUCUUUUUUCAUGUUUUGUUUUUAACAAGAUGCUCAUACUGCACUUUUAAGAAGCAACAUGCACACUUUGGACACAACAUGGAGCCAUGUUUUAGUUCUGUGCUAUAAAGAUUUACUGCGGAUGUCUCCCAAAUACACUAAUAAAUUCUUAUUAAUGAA